CCCGAUCGAAGGAAGGAAGGAAGGAAGCAUUUGAAGAUGUCUGGUCGAGGGAAGGGCGGUAAGGGUUUGGGCAAAGGAGGAGCGAAGCGUCAUAGAAAGGUUUUGCGAGAUAACAUCCAAGGCAUCACUAAGCCUGCAAUUCGUCGUCUUGCGAGAAGAGGAGGAGUUAAGAGGAUCAGUGGUCUCAUUUACGAAGAGACAAGAGGUGUUCUCAAGAUCUUCCUUGAGAACGUCAUUCGAGAUGCUGUGACUUAUACAGAGCAUGCAAGGAGGAAAACAGUGACAGCCAUGGACGUCGUCUAUGCUCUGAAGAGGCAGGGGAGGACGCUUUACGGAUUCGGAGGUUAAGACAUUUCUUCUUUUUGGGUUUUAUUGAUGUCUU